AUGGCGUUCAUGGCGGUGUUGGAAUCCGAUCUCCGAGCUCUCUCCGCGGAAGCUCGCCGUCGUUACCCUGCCGUUAAAGACGGCGCUGAACAUGCCAUUUUAAAGCUUCGAUCACUAUCAAGUCCUAGUGAAAUUGCAGAUAAUGAGGAUAUUCUGCGAAUAUUUUUGAUGGCUUGUGAGGUUAGAACGGUAAAGUUGAGUGUGAUUGGACUUUCCUGUCUACAAAAGCUCAUAUCUCAUGAUGCAGUUGCUCCAUCAGCUCUGAAGGAAAUCCUUUCCACAUUAAAAGAUCAUGCUGAAAUGGCAGAUGAGAGUGUUCAACUUAAGACUCUACAAACCAUAUUAAUAAUAUUUCAGUCACGUUUACAUCCUGAAAAUGAGGCUAAUAUGGCACAAGCCCUUCACAUAUGUCUUCGGCUUCUUGAGAACAACCGAUCCUCUGAUAGUGUGCGAAAUACUGCUGCAGCUACCUUCAGACAGGCAGUAGCAUUGAUUUUUGAUCAUGUGGUUCAUGCUGAGUCUCUUCCUGUUGGAAAAUUUGGUUCUGGAAGUCAUAUUUCUCGAUCCAGUUCCGUAACUGGUGAUGUUAAUCGCAGUAUCAAUAAUUCUGAGUCAUGGGAGCAUGAAAUUGUUUCCAGAGGGUCGUCAUUGAUGAAGGAGACUCUAACAGUUGCUGGAGAGCUUGGGCUUCGUUUACUUGAAGACCUGACAGCUCUUGCUGCAGGUGGAUCUGCGAUUUGGUUACGUGUCAAUUCUCUCCAACGGAUAUUUGCACUCGAUAUACUUGAGUUCAUUCUAUCCAAUUAUGUGGUUAUUUUCAAGGUUUUGGUUCCUUAUGAACAGGUUUUGCGUCACCAGAUAUGUUCACUUUUGAUGACUUCACUUCGUACCAAUGCUGAGCUUGAAGGAGAAGCUGGAGAACCUUCUUUUCGUCGGUUGGUCUUGAGAUCAGUUGCUCAUAUUAUCAGGCUGUACAGCUCAUCCCUUAUUACUGAGGCUGAGGUUUUUCUCAGCAUGCUUGUGAAGGUUACUUUUCUUGAUCUGCCAUUGUGGCAUCGGAUUCUUGUGCUUGAAAUCUUGAGGGGUUUUUGUGUGGAGGCACGGACUUUAAGAACUCUUUUCCAGAACUUUGAUAUGCAUCCUAAGAACACAAAUGUUGUGGAGGGUAUGGUUAAAGCUCUUGCUCGAGUUGUGUCAAAUGUACAGGUUCAAGAAACAAGUGAGGAAAGCCUGGCUGCUGUUGCUGGGAUGUUUAGCAGCAAAGCCAAAGGUAUUGAAUGGAUCCUUGAUAAUGAUGCAUCCAAUGCUGCUGUGUUGGUUGCUAGUGAAGCCCAUGCAAUAACUCUGGCAGUUGAAGGGCUGUUGGGUGUUGUCUUCACUGUAGCUACUUUAACAGAUGAAGCAGUGGAUUCUGGGGAGAAAGAAGGCCUCACUAUCUCUUGGUACAACCAGCUUGAAUCCCCCAGAUCCGAGUAUGAUCCUGUGGCAAGAUAUACUGGGAAAACUGCAGUUCUCUGCAUUGCAAUGGUUGAUUCAUUGUGGUUGACAAUCCUUGAUGCUUUGUCCCUUAUUUUGUCAAGGUCGCAAGGAGAGGCUAUUGUGUUGGAAAUAUUGAAGGGGUAUCAGGCAUUCACUCAGGCAUGUGGAGUUCUUCAUGCUGUCGAACCGUUGAAUUCUUUUCUAGCAUCACUUUGCAAAUUCACAAUCAAUUUUCCAAAUGAAGUGGAAAAGAGGAGUGCAGUACAGUCUCCUGGGUCAAAACGUUCUGAGGCAUCAGUUGAACAGAGAGAUAGCAUAGUCCUUACUCAAAAGAAUGUGCAGGCCUUAAGGACUCUCUUCAAUGUUGCUCAUCGGUUACACAAUGUUUUGGGUCCAUCUUGGGUUUUGGUGUUGGAAACUCUGUCAGCUCUAGACCGAACAAUUCAUUCUUUGCAUGCAACCACACAGGACGUCUCUACAACUGUACCCAAGCUUGCAAGAGAAUCUUCUGGCUACAGCGACUUCAGUAUUCUUUCUUCUUUGAAUUCUCAAAAGCUGUUUGAGAGCUCAGCAUUGAUGCACAUAUCUGCAGUUAAAUCACUUCUUUCUGCACUAUGUCAACUGUCACAUCAAUGCAUGUUGGGGGCAUCAGGUGGUGUCGGAUUAGCAGUGAGCCAAAAAAUUGGAAGCAUCACCUUUUCAGUGGAAAAGAUGAUAUCCAUCCUUGUCAAUAAUCUUCACAGAGUGCAGCCAUUGUGGGAUCAUGUUGUGGGCCAUUUUCUUGAGCUUGCUGAUAAUUCAAAUCAGCAUUUACGAAACAUGGCACUUGAUGCAUUGGAUCAAUCAAUAUGUGCUGUUUUAGGUUCUGAACAGUUCCAGGAUUACAUGCCAUCCAGACACCACGUGAUAUCUCAUGAAAUGGAAGCUGGGAAUUCGGAGUUGAAAUUACUCGAGUGUUCUGUCAUAUCACCUCUCAGGGUUCUUUAUUCUUCCACUCAAAGCAUUGAUGUCCGUGCUAGAUCCUUGAAAAUUCUUCUGCAUGUUUUGGAGGUACGCAUCGUUGUUGAUGUGUAUGCAUCAGAGAAAGAUCUUGUAACCCUUGGCUUCCAGAACCUGCGUGUCAUCAUGAAUGAUGGACUGUCCUCUAUACCUGCAGACUGUCUCCAUGUGUGUGUAGAUGUUACUGGGGCAUACAGUGCUCAAAAAACUGAGUUGAAUAUAAGCUUGACAGCGAUAGGUCUCUUAUGGACCACAACUGAUUUCGUUGCCAAGGGACUUCUGCAUGGACCUGCUGAAGGAAAGAAAACAAGGAGGCAAGGUGAGGCCAAUGCGCCUUGUAAGCCUUCAGGUGAGGCUAAAGAGGUGCUGCUUAGUGCCUCACUUCACUCGGGUUUUCAUGAUGAGCAUUCUGUUAUGAAGCAAAUGAUUGGUGACUUGGGGGAGACACGGUCUUCUGGAUUGCCUGAUAAGGCGAAUGAUCGGGCUCCAACAAUAAAUAUAAUUGACCGCGACAAGUUGCUUUUCUCUGUUUUCUCCUUGCUUCAAACACUUGGAGCUGAUGAUAGGCCGGAGGUCAGAAAUGCAGCUGUCAGGACACUUUUUCAAACUCUUGGAAGUCAUGGACAAAAACUUUCGAAAAGCAUGUGGGAGGACUGUCUUUGGAAUUAUGUCUUCCCUGCCGUGGAUCGUGCUUCUCACAUGGCUGCAACUUCAUCAAAAGAUGAAUGGCAAGGGAAAGAGUUAGGAACUCGAGGAGGGAAGGCAGUUCACAUGUUGAUUCAUCAUAGUCGCAACACGGUUCAGAAACAGUGGGAUGAAACACUUGUGCUGGUCCUUGGUGGAAUAGCACGUUUGUUACGUUCUUUCUUCCCUUUUCUCAGUAACUUGAGCAAUUUCUGGUCAGGAUGGGAAUCUUUGUUGCUUCUGUUAAGAAAUAGCAUUUUAAAUGGUAGUAAAGAGGUGGCCAUAGCUGCAAUAAAUUGUUUACAGACAACUGUUCUUUCCCAUUGUUCCAAGGGGAACUUGCCACUCCUGUACCUUAACUCCAUACUUGAUGUUUAUGGUCAUAUUCUUCAAAAAUCUCCGAACUACAAUGAUAGUGCAGCUAGCAAGGUGAAGCAAGAGAUUUUACAUGGUCUUGGAGAACUAUAUGUACAAGCACAGAUGAUGUUUGAUGAUAAGAUGUUCUCUCAGUUGCUUGCAACAAUAGACAUGGCAGUUAAGGAAGCUAUAAUGACUAAUGAUAACUUUGAAAAUGAAUUUGGACAUGUUCCUCCCGUGUUACGCACUGUACUGGAAAUCUUACCAUUGCUAUGCCCAACUGAAUCUAUUUCUUCGAUGUGGCCAAUCCUUCUUCGGGAGCUGUUGCAGUAUCUCCCAAAAUCAGAUUCUUCUUUACAAAAAGAGGAAGAUGAUGCAAGGCAAGCCAGCUUUACUGACAAUAGCCCAGAUGAUAACAUUAGGAAGCAAAAUGAAAUUCCCAAUGGUACUACUUAUGUGUCUCCUGAGAAAGCUGAAGAUCCUUCACGAGGUUCUGGAUCACGCACAACUACAGUAAUUGGUAUUCCAAGUUAUUUGUUUGCAGAAAAGCUUGUCCCUGUGCUGGUAGAUCUUCUUCUACAGGCUCCAAUAGUUGAAAAGCAUAUUAUAUUUCCUGAAAUUAUUCAAACCCUUGGAAGCAUUGCGUAUAAUUCUUCAUGUAGUGAUACAUUGCUGCCGAUGUCUAAUGAUAGGGGACCUGGAGAAAAUUUGGAAAUUGUGAUCAGUAUUACCAUGUGUAUGACAACAAGAAGAGACAACCCAGAUGGUUCGCUGUGGCGAGUAGCUGUUGAAGGCUUUAACCGAAUUAUUGUUGAUGAUGUAUGUGGAUUCACCAUGAACUGUGGAAAAGAUUCAAAGAUCAGCAAAACUGCAAGUAUGCGCAUCUGGAAAGAAGUAGCAGAUGUUUAUGAAAUAUUUCUUGUGGGAUAUUGUGGGCGUGCCAUUCCUUCUAACUCUCUCUCAUCUGAGGUACUCAAGGCCGAUGAGGCACUUGAGAUGACCAUUUUGAACAUUCUUGGUGACCAGAUACUUAAGUCACCGAUUGAUGCACCGUCCGAGAUUCUGCUACGACUAAUUUCCACCAUGGACCGCUGUGCAUCACGCACAUGCUCUUUGCCGGUUGAGACUGUGGAACUUAUGCCAUCUCACUGUAGAACAGAAAUGUGGAUGAGAAUAACAGAUUAUGCUAAUUCAAAAAAUACCAGAGGUUGUGGCCUUGUGGUUGCAAAUCCAGCUCUGAAAAUUGAGGGCUGUGAGGAGGCCAGUGACUGGAACAUGACAAGAUGUGAAGUCAGCAAAAUCUCAAUAGUGGUACUUUUGACCAGAUGUGAAUACAUCUUUCAAAGAUUUUUGAUUGAUGAAAAUGACCUAGGUGAACGUCCACUGCCGACAACAAGGCUUGAAGAAAUUAUCUACGUCCUUCAAGAACUGACUCGUCUAAUAAUCCACUCAGAAACAGCAUCUGUGCUACCAUUGCAUCCCUAUUUGAGAAGCGGCUUAUCAGAUGAUGAGAAUCAUGACAAACGUCCACAUCUGUUCGCUUUAUUUCCCUCUUUUUGUGAGCUCGUAAUAACAAGGGAAGCAAGAGUACGAGAGUUGGUGCAAGUCUUACUGAGACUUAUCACUAGAGAAUUGGCACUAGAAAAGGUCAGCAGUGCUGGUUGA